CGCAAUCUCAGUAUCAAAUUUCUAUUGUGUGUGAAAUCCUACAAUGCUUCACUUUCCGUAAUAAGUUCUGUUACGCCACAGUCGAAGGCGACGUAGAGAUUGUUGUAUCAGCGCUGCGAUGGAGGAGAACGAAAUCUUGGCGACAAUAACUACAGUUCUGUCUCUUUUUGGUACGCUUUUCAUCAUCGUCUCUUUCUUUCUAUGGAAGGACAUUCGAACUACGUCAAGGAGAAUUCUGGUUUACAUCUCUAUCGCAGACUUUCUCACAUGUGUUGCAACAAUCGCUGCUAUAACAAAUUUUUGGUUGUCAGGAACUGAAAACAAAGAGGUCUGUUUCGUCCAAAGUAUCAUCGGAACUUUUUCUGUGCUGUGUUCUUUCUUCUGGACAGUUUCUAUGGCGUUGUAUCUGUACAUUUCUGUUUGCUGGAAGAAUUCCCGACUAGCUGAGCGUUUGUUGUACUUAUUUCACGUGUUUGGCUGGGGAAUACCAGCAAUAAUUGCGACUAUCGCAGCGUCGACUCAUAAACUGGGAGACAACGGCAACAAAGUCUCAGCAGGAUGGUGUUGGAUCAACAUAAAGUUGAACUGGCACGAGCAAAUCGAAUGGAUGCUGUUGGCAGGAAAAUUAUGGGAAAUAAUGGCAUUUUGUGCAAUAGUUGUACUUUAUGCCUUAGUCAAACGAAAUAUGAAGAAGGAGGUAAGGUUAUUUUGCUAUUAAUUGCAAUGACUUCAAGCCAUUUAACCCUUUAACUUUCAAGAAAUAAAUCCUCCUUUGGUAGCUGCUAAACAUUUCCUUGUAAACGAGCUACAAGAAUUUGGUGUUAGAGCACAAUAACAACUUCUAUCUCGUGUAGGUCUUCUCAUAGCAUUUUUGCUGCAUAAUUAUGGAUAUUAUGAGGAGAAGUUACAUGCCAAUCACUUUUGGGAGUUCAAGGAUUAAAAUGAACUAUCAAUAUUGUAGUAUGAAAUACUGUCGAACCUGUAUCAAGUGGUCACCCAUUGGGAAUGGUUAGGUCACUGCUUAAUACAGAUUGACCAAUCAAUACCAGUUCCACAGAAUAAAAACACCAUUUUAUGCCACAAUUGACCACUUAAGUUGCUCAAGUUGCAAAAAUACUUCAAACACUUAUUUAGGGAGAUAAAGAUGGAUUAAAUUAUACUUGAAAGAUUAUUCUUUGUUUUAUUUGGGGGAUUCCAGCCUAAGUGACCGUUCAAUACAGGUGAAAGACAAUACAAACAGGCCGUUGGGAUUGAAUAAAGGGUGACCAAGACUACUUCAUAGAGGUGACCACUGGACAGAGGUGAAAAUUACAGUGUUUUGGGAGAAACAAAUUCAGGACUUUGACAACCAACUGCAUAAUACAGGGUGACCGCUGAAUAUGGUGCCACUUCAUACAGGUUCCACUGUAGUAUUUAUGAGGUUGAAGUAGUACAGGGUCUGGAAGGGGGGGCUUUGAUCCAGAAUUCCUGCUCAUUUUUUACUAGAGUCCCAUUUCCUGUACCUUCUUUUAUCAUCAUUGUGAAUCCUGUUUUUCUUUCCCACGAAUACAUUGAAAAAGGCAAAAGGAAAUGAAUGUAAGAUUUAGAUUGGCUCCUGUGAUUGUGGAGCAUGUGAACAGCAAUGGUGCCCUCAGGGUUUUCUCCAAGACCUUAACUCUGUGCAAUAUCCUCUAGACCAGUAAAGGUUUUUAAAUGGAUCUUAAAUCUGUAUAGCUCUCUCUGUUCUUCACUUAAUGGGAUAUUAAAUUUUUUUGUGGAUUGUCUCGGUACUUAUGGCACUAGAAGACAUGUCUGACUCAUCAGUGGCUGCAAAAAAUGACAACAAAACUUUGACUGAGUUGAGCUGAGUGUUGGUCAUGGGAGUAUCAGUAUUGGUAUCAGUAUUCACCAUAUCUUGUGGUCUUAUUGUUAAAAACAAUCCUCUCAACUGCUCAAGAUAACAGUUGUGAAGUCAUGUAAAGAGUUUGAGAAACAGUUAUAUUUAGUCAUUAUAACUGAUAUGCUAUUACACCAAGUGCACUUUCCUGGUAUCCGGUUGAAAAAAAUACCCUUUGUUGUCUCAGGGUCCAGGGUCAGGUGAUUUCUUGACAGUUUCAAUUAGAUAACUAUUGACCAGGUAAAUGCACUCUAUUGUUUGAUUUGAAAGGAGACACCACUUACACACUAAGUGCUUGCCUGUUUGAUUUACUUUCACCACUACAAUGUUUAUUUGGUUCAUGGCACUAUACCAAAUUCCCAACAGAUAGGCAAAAAAAUCCUGCAUCCUGUACUCUAAUUUUGGCAAAUUCCACUUCCUGGGGAGCAGUCAAAUCCUGAGUCCUGUCAAGAUAUUUUGCAUUUUCCUGAAUCCCACACUGCAUUUUGGUCAAAUCCUGGAUUCGAAAAUACCCUUCCAGACCUUGGUAGUACUGCUUGAUUAUUAAAUGCCAGCUUUUGCCUUUGUUGGUGUCCCCAAUAUUGCUGAGAUACUAUUUCAAUCUUAUAUCAUCUUAGUUAUAGACAAUAUUAUCUCAAUUUAGUUAUUUUUACUUUAACUUUCUGUGUUAUACCUGCAAACUAGUUGGUGAGAUUUUCCUCAUUGUAUAUGCACAAUAGACUUGACUUGAUGCUGGUCACUCUUAGGGGUCAAAAGGUUACUCCUUAUUGCUGCAAGAGCAACAGACACAGACUGCAAGUGUUGAUUAGGAUCAUGAUGUAUUCAGAGUGAGGGGUUGAGGCACUUGAGUGCAAGCAGUGUGUUUUUCUCUUCUUAGGCUUACUUUUUUUGCAUUGUUUUGCAAGUUUGGUAACAUUACUCUUUGGUUGGCUGUGGUUAGUAUGUUUGUGGAAUGCUUCUUUCAUAAAUGCUAGUGGGGACAAAAAACUUUGAAACCUGCUCAAAAAUUAGAGUGCAUUAGAAUUAGAUCUAGGAAAAGAUUAAUAUGAUAUGAAUGGCUGUAUGAUAUUUGUAGAUCUAAAUAUAUAACUAUCCUUAAAACUUUAAGAAUACUUCAAUAUAAAACAACAAAUGCAUGGAUUGUCUCCUUAGCUUCAUGAGAAAAACAGAGUAUUCACUGAAAGUACAGUGGCACAAGCUCAGAAGGCAGAAAGGAAACUGAUUUGUGUUCCCUUAUUAUUUGUGUUGUUGCGUGUUUGGGGAACUAUAAGAUUUCUCCUGAUGAUUUCACACCAUGAGUCACCAUUUUGGCUGCUCAUUCUACAGGUGAGCGAAAUUGGGAUUAAGAAUUAGUGAGAAACAGGUAGAAAUUACCUCAGUUAGGGUUUGUAAUGGUUUUAUUUUAAAAAACUCCUUACAGUUAGUAUUUUUUGAUUUUCCAGUCAUACUUGCAAUGUGCAACAAUUUAAUUUACAUCCUGAAUUCUUGUUUAUGGAACUAUGUAGUUAUGAUAAGCAAAUUGUGAAUAUUGCAAUCAUGCUAUGCAUAUGUUCCCAAUGUAUUUACCUUUACUGAUUUGUUAUGCUUACUUUCUUGUAAUUGUUGUUGUUAUAGGGUAUUGGAGAUAAUGCCCCUGGAUUUGCAAACUUUCUUCUAUUUUGCUUUUUUACUGAAAAAUGUUUUGGUAAGUUUCGCCGCUGUUUCCAGUGUUGUACACUGUGUUUUGACUCAAGAUCUCCAACUGGAGUGAAACGCUCUAACUCACUUCAGGCAACUUAUGAUGUUGAUGGGACAAUAGGACAACCAAUCAUUCGUCAGCAUUCCAUAAAUAGAGAAACUGAUUGCUUGAAUGGGCAUCUUAAUACCACUGUUGAUUAUUCAUCAGUGAACUGCUGAAUGAAGAAAUUGCCCCCUGUGACUUUGCACUCAUGAAAAUCAGCUCACACAGUCAUUCACAGUCAGUCAUUUCACCAAAGUGGGAUGAAUAGUGGUAGAUAUUUACUGAAUGGCAAAGUGGAGACAUACUUAUCCACCACUUUCAGGAACACCAAGUUGGAUUACUGGAUUAUUUAUAUUUACUACACAAAAAAGCAAAAAAUUAGUGCAUUACUUUUAGUAAAUGGAAAAAAUAGUUGGAAAUGAAUCUCUGGAAGCACAAUUUCAUCUCUUCAUCUCAAAAAGGGGGAGGUGAAUAGCACUUGGUGGCCUUGCUACUCACUUUUGUGGCAGCAAAUCAGGGCUGAGUAUUCACCCAUGUGGUAAUAAAUCCUAAUAAGGAAAAAGUUACUUAGAAAAUAGUUUAUUGUAAAAGUAAAUCAAAUUUUCUCCACAAGAAGUGAAUGUCUAUUUUGGUGACAAAAAUAUAUGAUGGAUGUGUUAGAGUUAACUUUCUUUGAAAAGUAUAUUUAGGAAAUCUCUACGAUAUUUCUUUAUUGUAACUAUUUUCUGUCAAUAAAAAAAUUCUAACAACUAUCACAGGUAGAUUUUUUACAAGAAGUAUUACUCUAGCAGUACAUCUGUGCUACAUCCAUAUGGAUAAAGACUACCUGACAUUUACCAUAAUACUUAUUUGAGAAACUUUUCAUAUAGCACUACUAUUCAAUUUACAUGUGAUGUGUCAGAGGAUAGUUAAGGAUGUCCACACUUCCUAAUGACAGGUCACUAAAACUUAAUGCUACAUAACAUUAAUAUUUUUAUGAAUUCCACAAGAUAUUGCCUUCAAAUACAGUUCAGCCCAUGAUUUGUGGCAACAGUUGUAGGCCAUAAUCAAUUUUGUAUUUUUUUUUUCAACAAUUCAUGUUCCCUAUAGCUAAUUGAUUAAAAAGGGUAAAGGUUUUAGAGUCUUGCCAAGGAUUGCCUUUUAACUGUACUACUUUAUCAACAAUUUAACCAUUUCACUCCCAUGACUGACUAAAAGAAAUUUCUCCUUACAACCAUACUUUUUCAGAAUAAAAAGUGAAUGAUAGGAAAAGUAGAAAACCAAAAGAAAAUUAGCACAGAGAUACUGUGUGAUUAAACAGUAUAUUCUCUGAGAGAAAAUAAAAGGAAUGUAUAGCAGAUAGUGGAGAGAACUUACAGUUAUAUCUUGGUAGAGAUAGG